AGGUAUUUGGAUCCCCUCGUCCAAAAUUAAUCAUAGCUGCGUGGACGCCAACGUGAUGUAUGGUCCUCAUGAGACCAGCCUGGUCAUGAUGGUCACUACUUUCAAAGAGGUGAAAAAGGGGGAGGAAAUCGUGGCGAGCUAUAUCCACGCACUGCGGUCGUUGUGGGAUAGAAAUUUUAUGGAAAGUCAUGGAUUUAUCUGCAAAUGUCGCCUCUGCGAACUGGACCGAUCCGAAAGUGCCUAUGUAAUCACGAAGAGAGAAGCACUCUUGAAAAGUCUGACAUUCGACCCGGUCAGAUAUUUGAAGGCGGGCAGUCUCCAUGCCGACUGUGAAAUCAUUGGCGCCCUUGAAGAACUUCGUGCCGCCACGCCCGACCUGAAUAUUGCCUUGACGAAUUCCGACAUUUAUAAAAUUGCUUCGAUCAUCAUGCUAAAUGCCAAUGCGGAAGAGCUUAAUUUUCUGUGUUUGCUCAUCUUGGAGAAAGUUUACGCCGUCAUCGAAAACGUCCCGCCCAACUGUGUGACUCGUGCCUAUGCCGAAACUAUUUUGGUUUGUUGUAUGAAAAUGGGCAAGGAAAAGGAAGUCCUGGAAAAAUGGGUGGAAGAAGUGCGGAAAUAUUGUCGUCUUUAUGCCGGCACGCUGGAACAUGUUCGGGCCGGAGAUUAUCCCACGAUUCCGGAGGAUUUGAAAAAAUUUGGGAUUGAAUUUUUCAACGAUUAAUUAAGU